CGUCUCUUACGAAUUCCUCACGUGUGUGCAUCUGCGUGUGUGUCCAAUUGAUCGUGUGUGUGCGUGUGUGUACGUUUUUCCCGGAAGUGCUCGCCAGGUGUGUCUCUAAUUAAUGUUAUGUGCAGGUGAGGGGCAACGUGUCUCCCCAAAAACGUGGUGCAAGAGUCUGAAGGAAAAGUUAAAAUCACUAAGAACAAAGAAGUGAGGAAGUGAGUUCGUGGUGACUUCGAGGACGAGAGUGAGAGUGAAGUGAUUCUAACAUGUCUUCAAGAAUUCGAACUCCAAGGCAUAUUUGACCUGACCUUCGUAUUGACCUGACCGUAGUGUUGGCCUGGCCUUUGUGUUGACCUGAGCGUUGUGUUGGUCUGACCGUUGUGCAUUUGACCUGGCCUUUGUGUUGACCUGACCUCUGUGUUGGUUUGACCCGCACGCCUCCCCAGAAACCAUUGCCAACACGAAUGCGAAGUUCCACCCAAGCCACAAGCGGGUAUUUAACAAGCUACAAGUAAGGUGAAGACCCCUCAAAGUACAAGUCUCACACCCCCCUGCCUUCCCACAAGCCCCCCAACGAAUGGCAACACGGAUACGAAUUCUUAUCCACCAAGCUACAAGCGGGCAUUUAACAGGCUACAAGUGCGGCAUUUACAACUUGAAACACCCUCCGGAAUACAAGUCAACCCUGAGACUCCCUGUAAAUCUGUUCUAGCUAAUGACAACACGGAUAACACACAUCCACUAAGCUACAAGCAGAUAGUCAACAAGCCAUAGCAAGGAAUCACAAGUAAAGGUUCAGUAAGAUACGUCCCAAACUUUAGCCUUCCACAGUUCUCCACUUCCACCGGACUACAAGCACAUAUUCAACAAGCAAAUUGGAGAAGUAAAGCCACAAGAUACAAGUCCCAAAGCUGAAGGUCUUCCACAUUCUUCCAUUAGCUAACUACCACUAAGAUACCUCCUAAAGCUCUUCAGUAUUCUCCCACUAACUGAUGGCAACAAGUACACCAAACCUCCACCAGCGUUACCAACUAAAACCUACCAACACACCAUGGCUACCUUCCCUUCUGUCCUGGUCUCCUCCUCUUCGAGCAUACGAGGAGGAGAGGAGCUGGAGGGGUACUCGGAAAAUACCCCUUCCUUCACGGCACUGGGAAACAAGAAGGGCUUUCGAGAGAGGAUCAUGCCCCACCGAAGAGCCCCGUCCAGACCCCAGUGCCACGCUAUGCCCCAAGGGUCCUCCAGGGGUCCGCCAGUUGGAAGAAGACUGAUGGCGGAGUGCAGGAUGAUGCUACGGAAGAACCAGUCGUGGCUCAGCAUGGAGGACCUGACCACCCCGACCACCCCGACCACUGCCCCUGGGAUCGAGCGUUCAACAUCACCAGUUCAAACCUUGGGCCGACGACCAGUGCCUCUCCUGAACACUAUCCCGGACACUGCACCUGUGACGCUUACCAAAGGAUUCCAGCAGGAGGACGCCUUAGACACUCCCGUCCUGGGCUUAUCUACAUCACAGGAGACGCUGGAUCCUGUUACACCAACCUCGCCGUCAGCAGCUCCAGUGUUUUUCCUAGAGCCUGAUGGGGAUGCUAGUGUAUAUUCAGGUUCCACUUACACGCUAGAGUCAUCGGGUACUCUUACACCCUCCUCGGACGCUACACUAAGUCGGGGACCGUCCGUGGAGAUGCUGUCCCCGCUGUCCCCUUCCCCGGCGGUAUCCAUCUCGUCCCCACGCAAGGACUCCGCAUCCUUCGCCAUGCACCGCGGGGACUCAGUCGACGGCCUCUUCAUGUCCUCGUCGCCCGUGUCCUCGCCGCCAGAGCCCCAGGAGGUGGCCGCCCCGCCCUCCCUGGCCCGGCAAAGUCCCUUCCGCCGGCAGCUCUUCACGUCCUUAAUCACCCGCCAGUCCGCCCUUGUCUCCCGCGUCAACCAGCACUCCACCACUCUUCUGGAGGUGGUUGGGGCAGUCAAGCACUUCACCCAAAGAGAAACAACGACAACCACCGCCCACACCACAUCCAGAAGCCCCCAGGAAGCACCCACAGCAGCUCUAUACCCUCAGAAUCCACCCAGACCCCAAAACAUGCCUCACCCAGCACCCCAAGAACCUGAGGAAGUGGGUGAGGAGGCGUUGCUGUUGGGUGACGUGGAGCAGCUUCAUGAGAUCGCGGCGCCCUUGUUUGAGAGGGCUGCAGGUCGCCGACACCUCUCGAUCUGCGACUCCGGCCUCGGCUUCGACACUGACGAUGACGUACCCUUGUCGCUGUCCCGCUCGUCGACCUACACGACGAGCGAAGACGGAGAGGAGAUAAUCGACAUGGAAGUGUUAUGCGGCAACCGUGUGAGCCAGAUGACCAAGACUUACAAUGACAUCGACGCCGUGACCAGACUCCUGCAGGAGAAAGAGAAGGACCUCGAGCUCGCGGCAAAGAUCGGCCAGCAGCUCCUCAAUCGCAACAAGGCCCUCGAGGAACGCAACUCCCUCCUGGACGCCGAGCUCUCCUCCGCCACCGAGAAGAUCACACAACUCAGACAUGACCUGCAGAUGAAAACGGACCUUCUGCAGAUCUAUACCAACGAUGUCGACGAAAGCAGUUGUGAGACCACACCCACCAGCCUCCGCCACAUCAAUGUCGACAUCCUGCAACACCGCGUCAGGAACCUUGAGGAUGAAAAUAAGUCGCUGCGUCUCGAGGCGUGCCAGAUCGCCAGUGACACGCAGGAGAUUGAGGACAAGGAGAAGGAGCUGGUGUCAGACGUCAUCAAACAGCUGAGCGAUGCUAACAUCCAGGUGAGCCAACUAAGCGAGGAGCUGGCCAAGAAGGUGGAGGACUCACUGCGCCAACAGGAGGAGAUCACGCAGCUCUUGGCCCAGGUGGUGGAUCUGCAGUCCCGGAACAAGCGCAUGGUGGCCGAGAACGAUGAGCUGGCCAACAUGGUGGGCGUGGCGCGCGACUGCCAGCAGGAACUGACGAUGGAGCUGGCCGAGCUGAAGGAGAAGUACGCGGAGGUGCUGGAUCUGCUGCAUGACACCCAGGACCAGCUCAGGCGGGUGCAGAAGAAGAACCUGCCUGGCAGCCGAGGUCACCACCUGAGCAGCGGUCUCUUCAGCUCGCCCUUCAACUCCGGCAACGACUCCAUCGCCAGCGAACUCCACUCCCUCAGCUCACUCGGGGAGGAGCCGGGCAAGGGCAGAAGCAACAACAUGACCCGCACGUUUGACACAGUCCGUGUUAGCGGCAGGCACACCGGCUUGGGGUCGCAGGGCUCCCUCAGCUCCCUGGGGUACGGCGGCUCGGUGCACUCCACCCCCACCCACCACCCCCACACCCCCUCCCACGUGGCAGCCACACACAUGACCAACAGCGGCAGCGGGUAUGCCAUGUCCUACCUCAGCUCACGGGGCUCGUCACUCUACUCUGGGGGCUCUGGGCACCCGUCCCUGGACUCUGGGGCAGACUCUGACGCUUCCAUGCACACUGACUCGGAGGACAACUACCCAGGCAGCCACCUGGGUGUGCCUGGUUGGCCGGGAACCCCAGACCUGGACUCCUGUCUGCGUCGCCUGGCUCCCGGUGACCGCUCCGGCACACCCUCACAGUUCCUCCCGUAUGGCUGCCGCACCCCAGACUCCAUCAUGUCCACGGGCAGUGGCAAAUCAGGCAUGAGUGCGUACGGCGGGGCCAACACCAACGACUGGAAGCUGCCACAGAAGCUGCAGAUCGUGAAGCCCAUCGAAGGGUCCCUGACGCUGCACCAGUGGUCUCGCCUCGCCACCCCGCACCUCGGAGGCCUGCUGGAGGAGAGGGAGGGAGUGGCCAUCAAGGGCGGCACCAGCACAGGCCUGAACCUUGAGGUCUACUCCAUGUCGGACUUGGAGGAGGACGAGCCAGAGGAAGAGAACCCUGGCAAGCGCUUCAUGUCCACCUCGGGCGUGUUUACUUAUACCAACUCCACCAUCCUCCACCCCGAUGACCAGACGACCUCCACGCCCAGCGUUCGUCAAGCACAAGUGAGUGUGUUGCCAACUUCCGUAGCUCACGCCACCCCCACUCCGAGCACCCCGAUCCGCGCCCCCUCCUGCCCCCCGUCGCGUCGUGGCUCCACGGCCACCUUCUCCGUCAACACAGGUCUCGCCAAGGUCCUCAACGAGCGCGGGAUGAAUCUUCAGAGUGGCUUCUCCCCCACAGCCACGCCGGCCAACAGUCCCUCUGCCUCCAGGCCGGGUUCACCUGAGGCUGAGGGUUACAAGCUACCAGGCUUGGAGGACCUCACCAAGACCUUCUACUAUGGUGCCAGUCUGCUGCGUCGCACCUUCUACAAGAACGACCCCUCGGCCCCCCAGUCCCCCACAGGUCCUCGUGUCAACCUUGUGGAGCAAGUCCAGGCCAUGGGCGUGGACCGCUUUGUAGGGAUGUCCGGCCGGGCACUCACUGUGGGUGGCGUGGUGACCUCCCGGCCUGCCACCUCCCCCCUCCUCCACCUCUCCAACCUCAUCAUGAGCAGCGCCAAGACCACCACCUCCACCACCUCCACAACCGCGGCCACCACCACCACCACCUCCACCACUAACGGGGGCGCUGGGCCGCGCAUCUCCGGCGUUGCCACACCUCCCAAGGUCAUGUCCCCUGGCGAGCGACGCCCCACGCUGCCCUCCGGUGCUCCCAUGGGCAUUCCAGGUCACCCGGGGUCAGGUCACCUUGACAACCGCCUCACACAGCUCAAGCCGGGCCAGCGAGCUGACCUGGGAACCGUCGGCGGGCGAUCACGGCCCACCACCCUGGGGAUGGUUCCCCCGCGUGGCGGCAGCAGCUGUGACCUCAACGUGGGCACCGUGGGCUGGACCUCCUUCGGCCGCAAGGGUGGCCUGCUGUAGGGCGGGCGUCCCCCCCUCCUCCUCCAGGGUGCUGACCUGUUAAGUAUUGUGAUUGUAGAUACUGUUGGGAUUUUUAGCUACAGUAAAUUUUUUAGCCGAGACAGAAAAUUUCAUAAAAGUUGUUGCCUUUGUAUCCCACCAAAAAACAUACUAACUCAAUUGUGAGUCUUGGCACCGAGCAAACCAGGCUGUGGACUAAAAAAAAUUCUCUCUCCCUCAAAAGACAGUUUUCACAAAUCAGCUUUUGGACAAAACCAUCUGAUGUAUCUUUUUAGGACAAAAUAGAAAUAUAGGGUAAGAAUUUAUUUUAGUUACUGUGUAACUAGUCAAUAAUGGGAUCUAGGGAUCAGAUAUAUUAAUAGUGUAGAUUUAUUUGACUGAUUUUACUGACGGUUGUAGAGAACAGGUCCAGACGUCAUCAUGUGUACAUAGCAUUAGUUGCUUCCUUGUGUUGGGCCUGAGGGCACACGGCACAGCAACGCUCCUGUGUUGUUCUGUUCUGUGAUGACUGAGUUUUCAGGUUUUUUGAGUUUCUGGUCUGCCAGUCAAAAUUGUGCCAAAUAAGUUAUAGGUGUUCUGUUUCUGCUGCCUGGCCGGACACCUCCCGCAGCAGCUGGGUGACACUUACCAGGUGUGUGUGUGCUCAAAGUCCUCUCAGACGACCCACACUGUUGACAAAACACCGCAUUUACGUACAGAAAGGUUGUGACUGACACUGACAUUCCUUCACUUGACCGUCACCUUGACUGCUGUUGGCGAUAAGGAGCUCUGCUUAGCCUCAAAGUUCAUCCUGUCAGUCAUGAUCUUCGGUACAUCCACUCCCCUUCCUCCCCAUGAGAAAAUUAAGGAAUGUUCCAACAGUAGAAGUAGAAGCAACACAUCACAUCUUUCCCUUGGUUGUGUGUGCGGCAGAAGGGGUCUCGUGAUGGAGAUCCAGGCCUUCUAGUCACAGCUGUUGUCCCUUAAGUUUUUCCAUCAUAUGAAUCACUAAGAUGAAAGGACUUUGAACGUGUGCAAUUGGCUCAUUUCACCUCAUCCGUUCACAUGUGGAUAUUAGUAAAUGUGAUUCAUCGACAUAUUUAACACACAUCAACAUCUCAUGCUUCAUAUUUUUCAUUGAGGAAAGGCACAUUUGUUUCCCUUUGUGAUGUAGGCUAGCUUCCUCGCCCACUAGCGGCCCUCUGUCCCUGCAGAUGGCCAAACUAGUGACCCUUCGCUCUGUUUGGUUUAGCCACUGAAACUAAGGGUGGGUUGCUCUUCUUGUUUGUUGGUCCUCAUGUCGGACGUCCCUUUACUGUCCCCUGAGUAUUCAUUCAUGUUUACAGCCUUCCCGUCACCAUUUGUUGAUUCAGACCAUAUUUUUACAGCUUCUUUUAUUGUGUUCAUAGGUGGGAUUCGUUUUAUGGCUUCUUGUUAUGAUCUGCUUUUGUUAGGUUGGUAGGGUUAGUUUUUUAUGGUAAAUUAUGGUUAGGCAGAACUCCAAGGCCUUUAGGUGGGUAGAUAUGCUUUUAUUCAUGUGUUACGAUUCGUCCUUUCCAGCAGCCCCUUGUUGUUGACCUGUCACUAUGCAGAAAGUUGAGGAGAGGUUCAUUUUAAGAGGUGAAGACAUUUGGUUUAUAUAUUAUUCAUGCAAAUUUGUAGACGUUAUCCCUUCUGGUUCAGCCAUUACUGUUCAGAAAGUUGAAGGCCGAUCCAUUUUAAGCAGUACAGACAUUGGGUUUAUAUUUUAUUCAUGCAGAUUUGUAAGAGUUAUCCCUUCUGCUAAUCCUGGUUCAUACACUAUGCAGAAAGUUGAAGCUGUAAAGACAUUCAGUUUAUACUUUAUUCAUGACAAUUUGUAAGAGUUAUCCCUUCCGCUUGCCUUGUUGACCCACCACAGUGCAUAAAGUUGAAGGGCGACCCACCAAAAAACAACAUGCAAAGAUCAUCAACAAACAUUCUCACUCCCAAAGCACAAUAUUUAGGGCCACCGAGUCAAGCGUUGGCCGUGUGUCCAUGAGUCCUGGCCCUGGAUGUCCCCGGCCCAGUGACGGACACAUGAUCAGCUGAAGCUUCUCGUGGUCAGGGAACGUCUCAGUAAUAGGUGUUUCGAGCCUCCAGUGUUCUUUAUACCGACAUUUUGAGUCUUUGGGGCUUCGUAAUGUCGUGGUUCAGGCAGCAGUUAGGAUCCGUUCUUUAAUUCAUGCACAACAUAUCAAUUAAUACUCACGUCAGGAAAAGGCUGCACUCUGGAAAAUGACGGAGGUGUGAUGUGAAAAUGAACAAUUGUCUGAAUAAGAAAUGUGUAACCACCUUUCCCCUGGCAGUUGUUCAUUUUCAUUCAUCGCUCUAAGUCUCUAGAGAAGCUUAUAACUGAUGUGGUUACUGAGUGGAAUGGUGGCGGAGUUGAUGGACAUAACCCCAUUAAUAAGUUCUUGGUUCACUUUGCCUUGUACUUUAGGUUCAUCUGGAUAUCAAUUUUUAGCUCUGUACUUAACGUUUGUGCUUCGAUUUGUAUAUAUUGUAGUUCUGUUAUGUCUUUCCUUCAAUGGCAAAACUUGUUUGUAUAUCUCUAUACAACAACCCCUCAAGUGUACUCCUGUCCCUCUAGCUGAUAGAAUGUUGCCUUCCUUUUUUGUAACUGUAUAUAUCCUGUUAGUUUUCAUAUACUGAUAAAAUACAUAUUCAACUAGA